UCAGGAAGGGUUAGCAGGAAUACAGACGGGUUCCGCUCAGACUGUAUAACAUAAAAUGUGUAUUUAACUCGAUUUUUUUUUGGAUACUGGACAUAUUUCUAAGCGAGUUUUAAACUCAAAUUAACGCCAAGACGGAUACAACCCCCCUCAGAAGCAUUUCAACUUGAUCGAGGCGUCUAAUGUACUAAACGAAACGGAAGUAACUUGCCAGCUCUCUGGCGAAGCUCGCUAGCCACUGAAUGCCAACGUUGUGGGUAAUGGAGUUGAGCAGGCAGCUCUGUUUAAAGAUGAGGAGAAAUCGGAAGGCUCAACUCUCCUCCCCUCCUGCUUCCACUUUGGGCCUUGAAGUCCACUUUUAUAUUCCAGAAUUUCACCAAUUGGAGUUCCUCAAAGGGUGUUUUACUGCUGAAGAGCUCUGUGUCGCUGCUGCCAAGAACUGCUCCAUUUCUCCCUUGUGCCAUAACCUGUUUGGCCUAUACGAUGAGACAAUUGGCACCUGGUACCCUCCCAGCUAUGAGUUCAAGAUCACAGAGGAAACCAGCAUCAAGUUGCAUUAUCGGAUGAGGUUUUAUUUCAGAAACUGGCAUGGCACCACUGAAGGAGAGUCACCAGUUUGGAGGCACUGCAUUAGCAAACUCAGAGGACAGAGCCCACAGAAAACACCUGAGGGAACACCUCUACUUGAUGCUGGAUCUCUGGACUAUCUGUUCUUUCAGGGACAACAUGACUUUCAUACAGGCAUGAUUCCACUGAGAAUGUCCCAGUCUGAGGCAGAGCAACAUGAGAUAGAAAAUGAGUGUUUGGGCAUGGCUGUGCUUGCUAUCACUCACUUUGCCAUGAUCGUGGAAAUGCCCCUGUCAACUGCUUCCCGUGAAAUCAGUUACAAACGUUUCAUCCCCGAGUCCCUGAACCGCAACAUUAAGCAGCGAAACAUUCUGACGCGUGUCCGCAUCAACAACGUGUUCAAGAAAUUCCUCAGUGACUUCAACAACCGCACAGUCAAGGACAGCAAGAUUACACCCUAUGACCUGAAGAUCAAGUACCUGGCCACACUGGAGGGGCUGACCAGCAGCCUGGGCAUCGAGCUGCUUGAGCCAGUCUCUCUGAGUGUAAUGCAAGAGGAAGAGCCCUGCAAUGGAGGCUACCACGGGUACUCCAACCAGAGCCAAGGGCAAAGCCAGAAUCAAAACUUAGGGACAAGUCAUGACAUGCAGGUUCUCGUUACUGGUACUACUGGUAUUUCCUGGAGGAAAAAACCAACUGCGGCUUCUGUAAUGUGUAAAGAGAAGAGUAAGUCAAAGAAGGGAAAGCAGGGUGGAAAACAGAAAAAUGACAGAAACAAAGAGGCAAACGAAGGCUGGGUGUUGUUCUGUGACUUCCAUGAGAUCACACACACAGUCAUCAAGGAGGCAAUGGUCACCAUCAAAAGACAGGACAACAAGAAGAUGGAAGUUCAAAUGACUUCCAGGGCUGAGGCUCUGUCCUUCGCAGCCCUUGUGGAUGGCUACUUUAGGCUGACUGUGGAUGCUCACCAUUACCUCUGCAAGGAGGUGGCGCCUGCUUCAGUGGUGGACAACAUCAACAAUGGUUGCCAUGGACCCAUCUGUACGGAGUAUGCCAUUCACAAGCUGCGUCAGGAGGGUAAUGAGAAGGGUUCCUAUAUCCUGCGCUGGAGCUGUACUGACUAUGAAUACAUCAUCAUCACUGUGGUCUGCCAUGAGACUGACACAAGGCAGUCUCGUACUGUGCGCCAAUAUAAGAACUUCCAGAUAGAGGUGGUCCCAAAUGGGUUCCGCCUCUACGGCACGGAUACAUUGCGACCCACCAUUAAGGAGCUUUUGGAGCACCUGGAAGGCCAGAGUCUUCGCACCGACAACCUUCAGUUCCAGCUUAGCCGCUGCCACCCUCCACAGCCAAGAGAAAUUUCUAACCUGCUGGUGUUCACUAAAGACAGAGCACUGGCUCCUCAGACUCCCAAAGAGGACAGCCAGCUCAGCUUCCAUCGCAUCCUAAAGGAAGAGAUUGAACAGGAGGAGCAUCUUGGUGUUGGGCCACGAAAACCAACAUCUACUCAGCGCACGCUCAAAGUGAAGAGUGAGGAGCAUGAGGAUGCAGGUUACACAUCCUUCCAGGAAUUUAAGGUUGUGCUGAAAGUGUUGGGUUCUGGACACAGGGACAUCUCCUUGGCAUUCUUUGAAACAGCCAAGGGAUGCAACACAGUGUCUCACAAACACAUCGUGCUCCUCUAUGGAGUGUGUGUCCGCCACCAAGAGGAUAUUAUGGUGGAGGAGUUUGUCCAACUAGGACCACUGGACGUGUUCAUGAGGAGACAGCAGAGUCCUCUCAGCACACCGUGGAAGUUCCAGGUGGCCAAGCAGCUGGCCUCAGCUCUCAGCUACUUGGAGGACAAAAAGCUGGUCCAUGGCUCUGUGUGCGCCAAGAAAUUCUACUGGCCAGAGAUGGGGCUGGGUGCAGAUGAAGGGGGGCCCUUUAUCAAGCUCAGCGAUCCAGGAAUCCCAAUUACAGUUCUUACCCGACUGAGGAGUGUGUGGAUCGUAAUCCCAUGGAUUGCUCCAGAGUGUGUGAAGAGUGUGUCAUCUCUGGGUGUAGCUGCUGAUAAAUGGGGAUUUGGUACCACCCUGUGGGAGAUCUGCUAUGAUGGCGGUCCUCUUAAAGAUAAGAAACUUACCGAGAAAGAGAGAUUCUAUGAAAACUGAGUGCCAGCUGGCCCACCCCGGACCUGUAAAGAGCUGGCUAAACUCAUGACACAUUGCAUGAACUAUGAUCCUAAGAAGAGACCUUUCUUCGAGGCCAUCGUCAGAGACAUCGACAUGUUGGAGGAAAACGAGUAUAUCCAUCCAUCAAACCCAAGCCACACCGGAGGGUCGAACCCCACUGUGUUUGAAAAAGAGAUUCCUGGGAGGAUCAGAGAUCUGGGAGAGGGUCACUUUGGAAAGGUGGAGCUGUGUCGCUACGAUCCACGGGAGACAGAAACAGGCGAGCUGGUUGCAGUAAAGUCAAUGAAACCUGAAACCCGGGAGGAGCAGAGCAACAACCUGUCCAGAGAGAUCGACAUCCUGAAGGCUCUCUACCAUGAAAACAUUGUCAAAUACAAAGGCAUCUGCAAAGAGGAAGGUAAACCUGAGUGCAAGCUGAUCAUGGAGUUUCUUCCACUGGGCAGUUUGAAGGAGUAUCUACCCAAAGAAAGUGAGACCAGCUUCAGCACCCUGCUCAGCUACUGCAUUCAGAUAUGCAAGGGCAUGGACUAUUUGGGAUCUCUAAGUUACAUCCACCGGGACUUAGCUGCCCGCAACGUGCUGGUUGAAAACGAGAGGACAGUGAAAAUUGGAGAUUUUGGCCUCACCAAGAGCAUCAAAGACAACGAAGGAUAUUACACGGUCAAAGAUGACCUCGACAGUCCUGUUUUCUGGUAUGCUCCAGAGUGUCUGACCCACUGCAAGUUUUACCUGGCCUCCGAUGUUUGGUCUUUUGGGGUAACGAUGUAUGAACUCGUCACCUACUGUGACUCCUCCAAGAGCCCGAUGACGCGCUUCCUCGAUAUGAUUGGUCGAAGUCACGGUCAGAUGACCAUCAUCCGCUUAGUAAAGGCAUUGCAAGAAGGAAAAAGGCUGCCAUGUCCUGAUGGAUGCUCAGAGCAUGUGUACGAGCUGAUGAGGAGGUGCUGGGAGAAUGCCCCCGAGAGGAGAAUCACCUUCAAGCGUUUGAUCGAGGAGCUGACCAUCCUGCAGCAGAACCAGUAAACGUCCCACUGUUGGAUGUUCUGGGAGUAAAGCUUACUUCGCUGGCCAGCUCAAAACCAGAUGCAAACUGCCAAACGUGACCCCUGAUUAGCAUCUGCUUGUACAGCUUCACUGUAGUGAGAGACACACGGCACUUUGCUCCUUCGUUCUCCAAGUCUUAUCAUAAUUUUAGCUUGCCAUAUUUCAAAUAUUGUUUUCUUUAACGGUUAUGAUAUCUUUAUAUAUCCUGCUUUGAGCAAACAUUUUGGUUUAAAUAAACCUUGUAGCCUUUGCGCAUAAAUCAGACCAUAUAUCCUACAUGCAACUUGAGUGAAAUAUCUAACAUGGACUCUUGGAGCACACUGAAGAUUUAGAAACUGUUUGACUGGAAUUAAUGCUGGGACGAUGAAAACAGAGUGGCGAAAGGAACUUGUUCACUUUCAUACAGAUUUAACAGAUAUGUAGCAGCCUUUAAGUGAUGGAGGCCGAGCAGAUCAUCCUUUUAAUGCAAAGAAAUGCUCGGAUAGACACGAUACGGAAGAUGGAAAAAACACAGAUACUUGUUUUGUGCUGCUUGUUUCAUGGACUCCUGUGUGCGAAAACCAAUGGCCUGAUUUAUUUUUAUUUUUUUACUAUGUCAUGAAAAAAUUCUUUCUGUUCAUGAUGUGCAAAUGCAGCUUCUGAGAAGUGGCAUUAAACCAGAGCCAGUAAUCAGUCAGCUGUGUUCCUUCCUCUGCAUUGUUGACACUUUUAAAAGCCAGAUGUCAAACAUCCACUAAUACUCAAUUUUAAAUGUGUGGAGUUUGAGCAGACUAGAUGAUUUUAGACAUGUUUUAGAAUGAAUGAAACUGAGCCAUUUCCCCGUUUAGGAAUUUUAUUGACCAACAAUGAAAAACAAAAUGAAUGUAAAGAAUUUCUCUGUAGAAGGGCUGUUUAAGCUGCAUUUGCACAGGAACUGAACUUUUGUUUCCUUUACUAUGCAUCAGUUUACCUGUUAUUUGAGAAAAGUUUCUGUAAGACACCUGAGGGCAGUAUAACCUUAGUUUUCCUCUCCAGUUUUGUAGCUUAACAUGCAAGUUCAGUAGCAAAUAUGGUAAGAAAGCUGUAGAUCUUUUAUGAAAAGAAGGGUUUAAUGUGGAG